AUGGCAGAAAAUCACAGAUCUCAGUUCUACAAAACUACCAUUCUUAUUUGGAUCAUGAAGAUGAUCGUCUGGGAAGCUGCCUGUGGACAAAUUCGCUAUGUGAUUCUUGAGGAAACUGAAAGAGGUUCUUUUGUGGGAAACGUUGCAAAAGAUCUGGCGCUGGAUAUGGAUAAGUUAUCUAACAACAGAGUCCAUGUCAUUUCCACAGGUAAGACUCAAUAUUUUGCUCUUAAUAUGGAAAAUGGACAUUUAUACACUUCUGAAAAAAUCGACAGAGAAAUGGUCUGUGGUCAGAUUUUGAAAUGCUUGCUAAAAUUUGAGAUUCUAGUUCAAGACAAAAUGAAAGUUUAUACCAUUGAAGUUGAAAUAGCAGAUAUUAAUGAUAAUACCCCAAGAUUCCAAAUGGAACAACUGACAGUUAGCAUCAGAGAAACCACAGCACAAGGAUCAAGGUUUCUCCUUGCAGAUGCGCUGGACCCAGAUGUGGGGAUCAAUUCUAUCCAGAGAUAUGAAUUAAGUAAUAAUAAAUAUUUCUCAUUGUAUGUACAAGCCGGAGAAAGUGGAGUUAAAAAUGCUGGAAUGGUACUUGAGAAUUCCUUGGACAGGGAAGAAAAGUCUUUUCAUAAUCUUGUCCUAACAGCCAUUGAUGGAGGAGACCCAGUCAGGUCCGGAAGUGUGCAAAUCUGCGUUAUUGUUAUGGACGCAAAUGACAAUGCCCCUGUUUUCACCCAACCAAUUUAUAAAGUCACUGUAUUGGAAAAUGUUCCACUAGGUUUUGUUCUGACUACAGUGAAAGCUACAGACCUUGAUGAAGGAGUUAAUUCAGAAAUAACAUACACAUUUAGAUCAAAAUCAGAGAAAAUUUCUCAAAUAUUCCUACUAAAUUCACAAACAGGAGAAAUAUCAGUUCAAGGGAAUUUGGACUUUGAAGAAUUGGAAUAUUUUGAAAUAGAUAUCCAAGCUCAGGACCCAGAAGGUUUGUCAUCUCUUGCUAAGGUUUUUGUAACAGUUAUGGACUCAAAUGACAAUGCUCCGGAAAUCACAGUUUCGUCAUUCUUCACCUCAGUAUCAGAAAAUUCACAGAGUGGGACUGUAAUUGCUCUAUUGCAUGUCAAGGACAAAGACUCCGGAGAAAAUGGGAAGGUCACAUGUUCAAUUCCUCCAAACCUUCCAUUUCAACUGCAAAAGUCUGUAGACAAUUAUUACACUUUGGUGACAGAUGGCAAUCUGGACAGAGAGGUUGUUGAGCAUUAUAACUUGACAAUCACAGCAACAGACAGCGGGACACCACUACUCUCUACAACUGCCUACUUACCAAUAAAGAUACUAGAUAUAAAUGAUAAUGCACCCAUCUUCAAAGAAAGAUUAUAUACAUCAUAUUUACAAGAGAAUAACCCUACUGGAGCCUCCUUGAUGAUGCUGGAAGCAAAUGACCUGGAUUGGGGUACUAACUGUACAGUGACUUAUUCCAUUCUUGAUGGGAAUGACCUUUCAGUUUCAGUUGCCUCAUUUCUCUCAGUCAACACUGAGACAGGUGUUGUCUAUGCUCUGUGUCCCUUUGAUUAUGAACAGUUCCAGCAAAUGAAUUUCCUGGUUAAGGCCCAAGAUGGAGGCUCCCCACCACUGAACUCCAAUGUCUCAGUGACUCUCUUCAUCCUGGAUCAGAAUGAUAAUACUCCAGAAAUCUUGUACCCUUCUAUCCCCACUGAUGGUUCCACUGGAGUAGAGCUAGCCCCUCGCUCUUCUGAGCCUGGAUAUCUGGUCACUAAGGUGGUGGCGGUGGAUACAGACUCUGGCCAGAACGCCUGGCUCUCCUAUCAGCUACUGAAGGCCACAGAACCAGGUCUUUUCACCAUAGGACUCCACACUGGAGAGAUCAGGACUGGCCGUUUCUUUCUAGACAAGGAUGCUCUCAAGCAAAGCCUGGUGGUUUUAGUGAAGGACAACGGGCAGCCCCCUCUCUCUGCCUCCGUCACGGUCACUGUGGUGCUGGCCGACAGCAUCCCUGAAAGCCUCUCUGAUAUUAGCAGCAUCUCCACUCCUGCAGACCCCCAGUCGGACCUCACCUUCUACCUGGUGGUCGCUGUGGCUUUUGUCUCCUGCUUGUUUUUCGCCUUCCUGUUUGUGUUGCUGGCACUCAGACUUCACAGAUGGAGAACUUCACAGCUGUGUGAUUCUGGAAGUGUAAAUUUUAGCGGUGUUCCUGUCUCACAAUUUGUGGGGAUUGAUGGAGUCCGAGCCUUUCUUCACUCCUAUUGCCAAGAAGUUUCUCUCACUGCUGACUCUAGGAAAAGCCAAAUUUUUUUCCCUAUUGGAAGUUGUACAAAUACUCUCACGCCUCAGCAAGUUUCUGUAGAACCGGGUUUCAAAUACCUUCCAGAAGAUUUAAACAUUGCAAAUGAAGGACAAGCAUCCCAGGAGUUUGAAAUGGCUAAUCUACAAAUACCAUCAGAUAUUACAAUGAGAGAGUUAUUCUUUCUCGUGCUGGGAUCUCUUUUGCAAGCAGUUUUUGGGCAGAUCCGGUACUCAGUUCCUGAGGAAUUGCUGAAAGGCUCCUUUGUGGGGAAUAUCGCAAAGGAUUUGGCGAUGGAUUUGAAGCAACUCUCGCAUGGAGGUGUCCAGAUUAUUACAGAAGGUAGGAGACAAUAUUUUGCCCUUGAUUUCCAAAAUGGCCAUUUGUGUAUUCAUGAGAGAGUGGACAGAGAAGCAAUAUGUGGACGGCUCUUAACUUGCAUGUUAAAGUUAGAGAUUCUUGUUCAGGAACAAGUGAAGGUUUACAUAGUUGAAAUUGAAAUUGAAGAUAUCAAUGACAAUGCACCAACUUUCCAAGUAGAGACAACACAGUUAAAAAUCCCAGAAAGUACAGCCACAGGGUCCCGAUUCCUUCUACCAGAUGCACAGGACCCAGACUUGGGAAGAAAUUCUUUACAGACCUAUCAACUUAGCCCCAAUGGACAUUUUACUCUUGAUGUGCAAACUGGUGCAAAUGGAGGCAAAUAUGUUGAGUUUAUACUAGAAAAGUCUCUGGACAGGGAAGAAGCAGCUUUCCAUGACUUAAUCCUCACAGCCAGUGAUGGAGGAGAUCCUGUGAAAUCCGGAACUGCACACAUCAGGGUUGUUGUUGAAGAUGCAAAUGACAAUGCACCAGUUUUUUCACAAUCUGUUUAUAAAGUGACUGCAAUGGAGGACAUCCCUAUAGAUUCUCUGCUAGUAACAGUUAAUGCUACUGAUGCAGAUGAAGGCAUAAAUGCAGAGAUAACGUAUGCAUUCAGGCAAGCAUCAGAAAAAGCUUCAAAUAUAUUCCAUCUGGAUUCCAAGACUGGAGAAGUCAGGGUGAAAGAGAACUUGGAUUUUGAAGAGAAUACCAUGUAUGAAAUGGAGAUCCAAGCCCGUGAUGGGAGAGGUCUAUCAGGCCGUGCAAAUAUUUUGGUGACUGUUGUUGACGUAAAUGAUAAUGCACCAGGGAUUGCAGUCACGUCUCUCACCAAUGCUGUGAGUGAAGAUUCCCCUCAAGGAACUGCAGUUGCACUGUUAAGAGUAACAGACAGGGAUUCAGACAACAACGGGAAGGUCUGGUGCUCCAUCUCUGAGAACCUGCCAUUUCGUUUACAGAAAACCUUUGACAAUUAUUACAGCUUGGUGACUGACAAAGCCCUAGACCGAGAAAUAAUAUCAGCUUACAAUGUGACUGUCAUAGCAACUGAUCAAGGAAACCCUCCUCUCUCCACAACGACCAUCAUUCCCCUGAAAAUAUUAGACAAAAAUGACAACCCACCCACCUUUAAAGAGAAGUCCUACAUAUCCUCUAUAACAGAAAAUACACCUGCCGGAACUUCGGUUUUCACAUUAAAAGCAAACGAUCCAGACUGGGAGGAGAACAGCAGAAUUACUUAUUCUAUCAUUCAAGACCAGGUGAGGCCUUUCUCCUCUUACCUUUCAAUAAACUCUGAGACUGGAGCCAUCUAUGCCCUCCGCUCCUUUGAUUAUGAAGAGUUCCAGGAGAUUAAUUUCUUGGUCAAGGCCCAAGAUGGAGGUUCCCCACCACUCAGCUCCAAUGUCUCAGUGACUCUCUUAAUUUUAGAUCAAAAUGACAACUCACCCCAAAUCCUGUAUCCCUCUCUGCCCAGUGAUGGCUCCACUGGAGUAGAGCUGGCCCCUCGCUCCUCUGAGCCUGGAUACCUGGUCACUAAGGUGGUGGCAGUGGAUGCAGACUCUGGUCAGAACGCCUGGCUCUCCUAUCAGUUACUGAAGGCCACAGAACCAGGGCUGUUCACCAUAGGACUCCACACUGGAGAGAUCAGGACAGCCCGUUUCUUUCUAGACAAGGAUGCUCUCAAGCAAAGCCUGGUGGUUUUAGUGAAGGACAACGGGCAGUCCCCUCUCUCUGCCUCCGUCAUGGUCACUGUGGUGCUGGCCGACAGCAUCCCUGAAAGCCUCUCUGAUAUUAGCAGCAUCUCAGCUCCUGCAGACCCGCAGUCAGAUCUCACCUUCUACCUGGUGGUUGCUGUGGCUUUUGUCUCCUGCUUGUUUUUCACCUUCCUUCUGGUGUUGUUGGCACUCAGACUUCACAAAUGGAGAACUUCUCAGUUGUGUGCUUCUGGGAGUAUGAAUUUCAGCGGAGUUCCAGUUUCACAGUUUGUGGGGAUUGAUGGAGUUCAAGCCUUUCUUCACUCCUAUUGCCAUGAGGUUUCAUUAACUUCAGGCUCUCGAAAGAGUCAGGUUCUCUUUCCCAUUGAAAGCUGUACGAACACCCUGAGAGCUCAGCAGGAUUCUAAUAAACCGGAAACUUUCUUUGCUGCAGAAGAUUCAAAUACGAACCAAGAAGGGCAAGCCUUUGGACAGAGAGUACAAAGGGCUGCCAAAGGCAAACCUGGAAUGGGAGAGUGGAGCAGAUACCUGGUCGAAGCUGGGGAAGAUGACUGA